CAACAACAACAACACCACCACCACCGCCACCACAACAACAACAACAACAACCACCGCCGCCGCCGUCGCCAACACCAUCUUCGCCACCAUCAUCGUUGCCGCCACCAUCACCACCACCACCACCACCAUCAUCCCCAUCUCCACCACCGGCCGCGGGACGACAGACCUCCCUGCGAACGGGACGAGUGCGUGGACCGCGUCCUGGGUCCUGCCAGGGGCGACCGUAACGCGGAUGGUACCGACGACAAAAACCCUGCCACCGUCACUGCCAUGACGAGGGGAUGCAGGAUCCCGCCCUACCUCGCCACGCUACUCAUCCUGUCUUACACUCUCUUCGGUAUAGCAGACGCCUGUUCAUCGCGGUCGACGCCGAAACCGCGGCCACCGACGCCGACGCCUCGACCGAAUAUCACAUUCCACAUGUACACGUGUCCACCGGAUUACGCGGAGUACUACUGCUUGAACGGUGCCACGUGUUUCACUGUCAAAAUCGUCGAUUCCCUCCUUUACAAUUGUUUAUGCGCCAACGGUUAUAUCGGGCAGAGAUGCGAGUUUAAGGAUUUAGAUGGUUCCUAUUUACCCUCUCGGCAACGUGUAAUGUUGGAGACGGCAAGCAUCGCCGGCGGUGCCACGAUAGCAGUAUUCCUGGUCGUUAUCAUUUGCAUAGCGGCUUACAUCCACUGUAAGCGAAAGCAAAAGGAAUUGCGGUCGAGUAACUGCGUCGACACGGUGGAUGGUCCUGGCCGAGAUCCGGAGUUGAGGCCGUUUAGCAACCGUAGCCGCUCCCUCAUGAUCUUCAUGACCAAGAAUCCCAAUAGCUCGGCGGCUAUAGAGCAAACGAGAAUGCCCGGAUGGAACUGCCCGGAAGCGGAGUCAAUGAGAAUGGCGUCGAUCAGCGAAGGGAAGCGUUCCAAUCAAUGAUAAAGGAUCCUGAUAAUCCCAGUCCACCUCGAUGGUGGAGCGUGGUGGAGAUCACCGAAACCGACGUCGUCGACGGAAGGGAAAAGAAAUCGCUUUCUUCACCUUCAACCUCUGCUAUCUGUCUCCGUCCAUGGACUACGUUCUCGCGAUUAUUAGGCGAGCAUUAGAGAGGAAAUACAGGCAGAGAAAGGGAGGAAAAAGAAUUUUUUUCUUUCUUAUUUACACGAGCCUUUGUCACGUCGACGUUUCAUUUUCCCGCAUGAAUUUAUCCGUUUCUGCCGAGAGAAGGAAAAGAAAAAGAAAAGGAGAGGAAGAGGAGAGAGAAAGAGAAGAAGAAGAAGAGGAAGAGGAAGAGGAAGAGGAGUCUCCUCCUCCUCCUCGUGUUCGUUCACAAUUAGAGAAGGCUAUAUUAAAAAAAAAAAAAAAAAAGAAAAAAAAAGAAACGAUCUCGUCGUACUCGCUGUAUAAAUCGAUACGUGGAUCGGGAUCCUCGGGAUCGAUGAUCAGGGGCAAGAUAGAUCUAGAAGAGCGUAGGAUUAACUGAGAAAAAGAAGUACGUAGCUGGUAACUUUAAAUAGCUGGACCUGAACAGCUGGAAGAACAAAGGACAAGAAAGUAGAAAAGAAGGGAAGCUUAAAAAUAAAGCCUUCUAACUACUGAAUAGGUGACUCUCUUAAUAGAAAGGGGAAAAAAGAAAGAGGUGUGAAGAGGGAGGGAGAGAGAGAGAGAGAGAGUAAAGAAACAUUUAGCGCGAACGUAAGAAGGAGAAGAAGGUAUAAAAUAAUUUGUUCCUAUCGGAGAUACGAGAUAUAUAGUUUAGAACAGACAAUAAUAACCGGAGAAUAAUUACGUAACGUUAUAUUAGUUGUCGGUUUAAGAUAAUAACGUAUCGAGUUAAGUUUCGAACGAAAAAUAAUCCAUUUUUUUCUAAGUAGAAACGUUGCCACGUUCUCGUAGAAACAUUCUUCUUUUUUUCUUUUUCCUCGAUCUUUCGACCGAGGAAACGCGCGGAAAUAAGCUUUCCUCUCUGGCACUGGGAGGGGGAGGAGAGGGGAAGGAGUUUUUCACUUUUGCUUUUUACUAUUUUUUUUUUUUUUUUUUUUUUUUUUUUUUUUUCUUUUCAUUUUCUCCUUUUUUUCCCUCCCAUGCCCUAUUUUCUGUUUCGUCCGAUUUCGUUCGUUUCUUUUUCACAUUAGAACCCCUCGUAUUUCGUACCAACCACGCCGAGAUCGAUCCGAGUUCCCAAUUCAGCACACAUACACAUA